GGGUUAUAUUUAAGGGGAUUAUAGUAGGUUCUUCCUCAGGUUUGAAUGUUGUGAGGACUUAACCACAGUUCAUCUGCAGCAGUGUGUAAGGGAAAGGCUGUUGCAUUUGGCAGUGAUACAGGUGAGCAUUCAGGGACCAGUAGGUGAACUACAAUACAGGUGACCUUUGGGUCUGAAGGUCAGCAUGGGUUCCAGUUCCUCAUCAUAUGCGCCCCAAAAAAUUUACCUGGAUGUGGAUGGGAAAGUGCAAAGGGUGAUUUUCAGUCGGUACUGUAGCCCUUCUGACAUCCGAGAACUUCUGUGCUCCUCUUCAAACAUAGCAAGGAACACUGCUAUAAUGCUGGUGGACUCAGAGGGAGCGCUUAUUUCCAUAGAUCCCACCAUGCCCACCAACACUCCAAACUCCUUAUACAAGGUAAUGCCUCAGUCAGCUGGCCAGGUGGGGGAUAAGGAAGACAUGUUCCAGAAUGUUCUAUCCCAAGUUGCUGAGCAGUUUAGCAGAGCUUUUAGGAUCAACGAGUUAAAGACGGAGGUGACCAACAGACUGGCCAUGCUGGAGAAGAGAGUGGAGUUGGAAGGCCUGAAGGUCAUUGAGAUUGAAAAGUGUAAGAACGACCUGAGGAAACUGAGAGACGAGAUGACUUCCAAGGGAGGAGCAAGGGUGACAUGUGGCUGCAAAUAUAGCUUCACAGAAGAUGGAAAGAAGCUGUCGCCAAGGCGUGACGUUUCAAACUACCCAAAGUACACUCUAUCUCAGGAGACCAUUGAAGCCCUUAAGAAGCCAACAUUUGAUGUCUGGCACUGGGAACACAAUGAGAUGUUGAGUUGCUUGGAGUACAUGUACCACGACCUCGGCCUUGUCAAAGAAUUCAACAUGAACCCCAUCACACUCAAACGAUGGCUGCUGGGCAUCCAGGAGAAUUAUCGCAGCAACCCUUUCCAUAACUUCCGCCACUGCUUCUGUGUCAGUCAGAUGAUGUAUGGGAUGAUCCACCUCUGUAAACUCCAGGAGAGGCUGACCAUGACUGACAUGUGCAUCCUCAUGACAGCUGCUGUGUGUCAUGACCUGGACCACCCUGGCUAUAACAACACGUACCAGAUCAACGCUCGUACAGAGCUAGCGGUGCGCUACAACGAUAUCUCUCCCCUUGAGAACCAUCACUGCGCAGUGACCUUCCAGAUCAUCUCUAUGCCUGAGUGUAACAUCUUUGCUAACAUUGAGUCAGAGGCCUUCAAGCAAAUACGCCAGGCUAUCAUCACUCUCAUCUUGGCUACUGACAUGGCAAGACAUGGGGAGAUAUUGGAUUCCUUCAAACAGAAAGUGGACAACUUUGGUUUCACUAACGAUGAGCAUGUAACUUGUCUAAAGAUGGUUCUUAUUAAAUGCUGUGACAUCUCCAAUGAGGUGAGGCCUACAGAAGUGGCUGAACCUUGGGUGGAUUGUCUACUGGAAGAGUACUUUAUGCAGAGUGAUAGAGAGAAGUCAGAGGGUCUGCCUGUGGCUCCUUUUAUGGAUCGGGACAAAGUCACCAAACCCACUGCCCAAAUUGGCUUCAUCAAAUUUGUCCUCAUUCCCAUGUUUGAGACUGUAAUGAAGCUCUUCCCCCAGAUAGAGGAGAUUAUGUUGCAACCAUUGCGGGAUUCCCGAGACCACUACGAGGAACUGAAACAGAUUGACGAUGCCAUGACUGAGGCACAGAAGAAAAAAAGUGAGAGCAUGUCAUUAGGCGGGAAGAAGAAGUAGACUUUUCCGUCAAACUCAGUGUUGUAAGU